AUGACGAACGUUUACUCCUUGGAUGGAAUUCUUGUGUUUGGCUUGCUCUUUGUUUGUACCUGUGCCUACUUCAAGAAAGUACCUCGUCUUAAAUCCUGGCUGCUAUCAGAGAAGAAGGGAGUUUGGGGUGUGUUUUACAAAGCUGCUGUGAUUGGAACCAGGCUGCACGCUGCAGUGGCUAUCGCCUGCAUUGUAAUGGCCUUUUAUGUCCUCUUUAUAAAAUGA